AUGGGUCAACUAGGAAGGGCACUCGAACUGACUCUACGCGCCACGACCGAGGAUCGAAACAGCGUGAGACAAAGGACGACGAGUCUCGACAGUGACUCGAUGCGCCUACGACUAGAGGUCGAGACGGCGUCGGCCAGAGCGGACAGAGGAGGAUGGGAAGGAAAGAAUGGGAAAUAUGUGAGGAAAGGUGGACAGACUCUAUGCGCCGCGACCAAAGAUCGUGCGCCUCGACCAAAGAUCGCGACGGCGCAAGCCAAAGGGUUAGGCUCAGCACUUGACUCUACGCGCCUACGACUAGAGGUCGAGACGGCGUUAGCCAAAAGGAAAGAUUCGGAACUGACUCAGCGCGCCGCAACCGAAGAUCACGACGGCGCAAGCCAAAAGGAAAGACUCGGCACUGACUCAACACGCCGCGACCAAAGAUCGUGCGCUGCGACCAAAGAUCGCGACGGCGUCGAGACGGCGUUAGCCAGGGAGCAGAAGGAGGGAUAG